AUGGAUCGAGAGGCCGCAGAGGCCGCCGGAAGCUAUUGUAGGGGCUGCGCCGGUCGCAAGCCUGUGAUCUUGCUUUGGAUGUCACCCUGGGUUGCCUGGGCUGGCCGACAGCUGAACAGAGAUGAUGCCAGACGGGCAGCUUCCGACAUCCGAAUCAUCGCUUCGCGUCUAGCCAUCCUGGUUGCAGAUAGAGUGCGAAAUGAUUGGGAAGAUGGUGUGUAUAAUGGGAUCAGGAUUCAGGGCGUGCCGAAGUUCAACAGCCUGAUGACGGUGCCAAGCUGGCUCUCAGCCCCCUUCACUCCCUCGCUAUCAAAGCCUCACGCACAAGUAUACUUGAUAUGA